CUCUGUCGUGCGCUGAAUGUUUGCGCAUUUACGCUUAUUUAUCCGUUUCAUUUCACCAAAUCCUCGUGAUUAUACUGUGAGAGAAGCACUGCGUGUGUAAAACGCCUUUCUCUUUCUCUUUCCUGCGCGCUUGGCGGCCCGUGUUUCCUCAUGUCACACGGCAGCACAGACACGUCUGUGGAGCCAGAGACAGCGGGGACACAGAGACACAACAUGGCGCACGGAGUUUGCCUUGGCCGCAGAGGCCGCGUCGCUGUUGUUUGCGCACUGCACUCGUUUUUUGUCUACUCGACGUCAAACGGGCCUGUGCGCGUGUCAGUGGGGUUAAACUAAAAAAGAGAGAAAAAAGGGAGAACGGAGCAGACGCUGGCCACAUUCCUCAAAGCAGAGGGCCGCCGCUGAUGAGGCGAUGAAGUGCAGAGAAUGAGAGCGGUGCCAUGGCCUGCUAGUGCUGGCUGCUGCCACUGGGAUUGUGCAGAUCCGCUCUCACAAACCGAGAAAAACACUCGCUUUGUGACACACAGUCGCACGUCCGUUGUUGGUUUCACGGUGACCGACUUCCAAAUGGAUACAGCCAUGACAACAUGAAUCAGUCGUACAGACAGGCUGUUAGGGGCUCAGUGUUUGGUUCAGGCCAGCCAGAGCUGAGGCCCCGCAAUGGCCUUGUGAGCACUUCCUACGGAAACCAGUGUGGCAUUGUGAAGCGUGUAUCGGAUCAACCAUCAGCUGUGCAGCUGCCGUCCUCCAGUCUCAAACAGCCGGCUUCACUGGGAUACAAUCAGCCGGACCGGACUCACUGCUACAAUCCCCUAAAGAGGCUGCAGGACCUGGACACUGUGGUCAACAGGCCUGACCGAGACAGGGACAUCCAUCCGAGGAACCACUUGCACUGUGCCAGUCCAAUCAGUGAUGAUGAUGAUGAGUUUGAGGCACCUUCAGUCCAGCUGCCUUCUUCCCCAGACAAUGAUGCUAUGGAGCCUUUUGAGACAUUGCAGGGCGUCAGGAGAAAUGGCUUCUCGCCACGGAGUCCUGACAGCUUGGAGCAGUGUUCUCCCAUCCCCAAUGGAUACCUGCAUUUUGAGUCCACACUCUUUGACAGCAGUGGCAUUAAGGAGGAGGACGAGGAGGGCGAGCAAAGCAGUAGUGACGACUUGAUGCCUUUUCAUCACUCACAAAAGUUAAGUCAGGAAUGUACUGUUAGUGACAGAAAGACCCCGUGUGAUUCCGGGGUGGACAGAAGAACAUACAAACCCACUGUUUUUAAUCUGAUGUCCAAAACUAUAUCUGAACUCAACCCUACACUAAGCCCCAGCGCACUGCCAGAAAUUACUAUGAGAGAUGGGUGGAGUAUGGGUGAGGAGUCGGACAGUGAUUCUGAACUUGCCUCUCCUGUUGACCCUGUGCUUCUUUCUCCAGCCGGCACCAGCUCUAACUCCAACAGCCCAAAGAAAAAGCCACUUCCUACAGUAAGAUACUUGGAAGGAGACAUAGUUUGGGCAAAAUUCAACAGGAGGCCCUGGUGGCCGUGCCAUGUAACGUGCGAUUCAAACAAGGGGGGACACACUAAGAUGAAAGUCCCCAGUCCCCGUCCUUGUCGGAUGUAUUUCCUCGAGACAAUAGGGGAGAUUGUAGAACGUGCCUGGGUCCCUGGGAGUGCUGUUCUUCCUUUUGAAGGAGGUCAUCAGUUUGAAGACUUACCUGUGCUGAGAAGGAGAGGGAAGCAGAAGGAGAAAAACUACAAGUAUACAAUACCCAAAAGUUUACUGACGGCAUGGAAAGUCAGUGUGGCAGAAGCAGAGUACCUUCUCCCUGGUCGUUUAAGGAAUAAUGAAAGUGUGCUUGCAGUGUCCUCUAAUGGAGAGGAGCGUGUACCCAGCCCACCACCUACUGAAAAGCCACAGGAGGCCCCCUCCUUCUCUGUGGACCCUGGCCAGACUCCAUCACCAAAUAUGCCGUCCAGUGAAAAGGAACCCAAUCUUCUAAAAAGCUCUACCUUUCAGGCCAGUAAGAGCAAAGUUUGCAAGAGAAAGAAGAAAUGUUUGUCGGACAUAUUUGGGCAUAUAGUUGGCGGGUCAACAGAAACAUCCACUGUCUUAAACGCAGUGGGCCAGUUUUGUUCAAAAACGCGUGCACUGAAAGAAGAGCCAAAGGACUCCCCUUAUGCCGACCUGGAUUCAGUUCCAAUGCUUCAUCGUCCUAAACGUACAGCAGUGUCUCCAGUGAAGGACGUAGACAGAUCGGUUGGCAAAGAACAGGGUUUGACUAAAGCGAAAACGAAGUUUGCGGAGAAGGCAAACCAGAGUACAGAUUCGUGUAAUAGCAUUUCAACAAACAACUUGACUUAUAAAGAUAGGAAUUCAGAACAAAGUUUGAGAAGCUGUCAUGAACGGUCAUCUAAUUCAUCUGAAAAGCACUCUAUGACUCUUCCUGCCAGCAGUGGUCUUAUGACGAGGGCUAUGAAAGCUGAGGAAGAGACCGAUCUCAAAGAUGCACUGGCUACAAGCCAAAUCUCAACAGAUGCCCCCAAUGAAGAUUGCCCUGAUCAUAUACCUUCUAACGCAGCCAACCAAACUGAAAUGUCUUCUAAGAGGGAACUCCUCAGCAGUGCAUCCUCCUCCGCCAUUCACCACUGGUGUCCAAAAAGGCGGGCCAGGAAGCCUGAUAAGAAACUCAUUUGUAACGGCUCAUUGAAGAAGUCAAGGUGUGCGGACCCAAGUGUGUCCACUGUGCAGCCUGUUGAAAUCAAGACAGAAAACGUCGUGGAUCUGUCCUCCUCCUCCUCGUCCCCACCGGUGUCUUUGUCUCCAAUGGAUGCUUUUCACGACGUCAAGGAACUCUUGUUUAAAUCUCUGGAGAAUGAGGACAGCAGCGACUCUGAGCACACUGUAUUUCGACCCGAUUCCAACUAUAAAUUCAGUACUUUCCUGAUGCUGCUGAAAGACAUGCAUGACACAAGAGAAAAAGAAGGGAAACCCUUGACUGUCCCGCCGUCAGCGGUACUGAUCAAGGAGGAACCCUUGGUCAUCCCUACUGCCACAGGAGGUGGGCUGCUGCCGGGGUCUUCUGAUGGUUCCACUCCUGGGAUCAAAACGGAAAAUGGCCGGUUUGGAAAAUCCAAAGCACCCUACAACACAGCGGUGAAAACCAAGAAUAGGACUAAAGCAAUUAUGACGGCUGACACUUACCACUGUCGAGAGUUUCCUGUUCACGCUCAGAUGGCGAGCUCCGACAAACAGCGUAGAAAACAAAGGCUCCCAGCCAAACUGAGGGCCAGCGUACCUGUGCUGUCUUCAGACCUGGCUGACUUUGCUUAUGGCAGGGAGUUUGUUAGUGGCCAUGCGGACUUAGCUGAACCUGGAUCUGGUCCCCCAGUUACUGCUGAUCCCCUGGCUAGCUACCUCGACAAGAAGCCAGAAUGCUCCGUGGCUCCAAAGAAGCGCUGGCAGGCCAUUGAGAAAGCUGUUAUGAGCAAGGUGAGUAUGAAUGGGUCUUACUCCACAACAGCCUCACCAGAUCUCGGAGUCCAGAAGCAGGAAGAGGAUGACGUGCACCUCCUAGAGACCAACAGCUCAGCUGGGCAUUCAGAGAACAAACGUCCCCGGAAACCAACAAAAAGGCUCCUGGAGUCCGUGGAGGAGUAUGAUCAAAUAUUUGCCUCAAAAAAUAAAUCAAGAAAACACAGCUUAGAAUCUUCCAAAAUGGAGACGUCGGAGAUGGCAGCACUCCAUGAUCUCAGUUCUUCACCUGAAGUUGUUACCUCAGCCUCUUCCUCUGCAGAGCCCACAGAGGCGCCGGCAGAGCUUGAACAGAGUCCGUGUCAGGAUGAGCUUCCACCUCCAACAUUUUUAGUAUCCCCAGCCACAACACAACCCACUAGUGACAAAGAGACAGCAGCAGAAACUGAUCUACCUCCUGAAUCUGACAUGGGUUUACUGGCUCAAGAAAGAAAAAGGCCAAGGAAGCUGUUGCACAAGAUUCUGGAGUGUGCUAUAGAAGAAGUGUCUGUUCCUCCCAUGAAAAAGAAGGAACAAAAGUGUUACAGUGGAAUUACCUCAGAGGUGAAGGUGUUGGUCAAGAGAACUCAGGUUGAAUCUGUAAAGAAAGAGAAGCCUGAACCCAAGACGUCCUCUGCUACUCCUGCUGCCUCCCUGCUGUGUUCAGAGAACAAAGAUGUCCUCGGUGGCCUCACUCCAAAGAGACCUCCCAGCCCUCCUGGAUGCAAGACCCCAAAGCAGGAGACCCAGGUGGAGGCGUGCAGCUCUGAGGAGAAACCCAACAUACACACUGGAACAUUCACUCGCAAACAUGAGGUGCAGUCUGUUGCUCUGAAUGACAGCCUCACAUCCCACAUGGACGUGAAAGGGAAAGUAGGAGCGACGUCCUUAAAGGAAAAUGUUUGUCAGGUAUGCGAGAGGUCGGGAGACCUGCUGGUGUGUGAUGGUCACUGUUAUGGAGCCUUUCAUUUGCAGUGUAUUGGCCUGUCAGUGGCUCCCAGGGGAAAAUUCCUCUGUCAUGAAUGCAAGACAGGUGUCCACACGUGCUUUGUAUGUAACAAGUCUGGCAGUGGGGUCAAGCGCUGCAUUAUACCACUGUGUGGCAAGUUCUACCAUAGCGACUGUAUACUGGCCUACUCUGCGACACAGCUGCACAACAAAGGCUUCCGCUGCCCACUGCAUGUCUGUCUGUCCUGCCACAUCACCAAUCCUCUCAACGUGUGCAGCACCAAGGGUCGGCUUGCUCGAUGCGUGCGCUGCCCGGUGGCUUAUCAUACCAACGACAACUGCAUGGCAGCAGGAAGCCUGGUGCUGGCAAACAACAGCUUUCUCUGUCCAAACCACUUCACUCCUCGCAAAGGUUGCAAGAACCACGAGCACAUCAACGUGAGCUGGUGCUUUGUCUGCUCUGAAGGGGGCAGUCUGCUGUGCUGUGAAGCCUGUCCUGCUGCUUUCCACAGGGAAUGUUUGAAUAUAGAAAUGCCCCAAGGCAGCUGGUUCUGCAACGACUGCAAAGCUGGAAAGAGGCCUCGCAUUAAGGACAUCCUGUGGGUGAAAUGGGGGCGUUACAGGUGGUGGCCGGCAGAAGUCUGUCUGACCAAAGAUGUUCCAAAUAACAUCUUGAGGAUGAAACAUGAGGUCGGAGAGUUCCCGGUGCAAUUCUUUGGCUCCAAAGAUUUUGUGUGGACUUAUCAGGCCAGAGUCUUCCCGUACAUGGAGGGGGACACUCACAACAUUGAGAAAAUGGGAAAGGGCGCCGAUGCGGUUUACAAAAACGCUCUGACGGAAGCAGCCGGGAGGUUCAAAGAGCUGCAGGCGGAAAAGGAAAUGAGGCAGCUUCAGGAGGACAGAAAGAACGACAAGAAACCUCCUCCGUACAAGCACGUCAAGGUAAACCGGCCAAUUGGGAAGGUGCAGAUCAUCACAGCUGACCUGUCAGAAAUCCCGCGGUGCAACUGUAAAGCCUCCGACGAGAACCCGUGUGGCAUCGACUCAGAAUGCAUUAACCGUAUGCUGAUGUACGAGUGCCACCCUCAGGUGUGUGUGGCAGGCGAGCGGUGUCAGAACCAAACCUUCACAAAGCGCCAGUACACCCUUGUGGAGAUAUUCAGGACUCUGUCGCGCGGCUGGGGCUUACGUGGCGUGUCGGACAUUAAGAAGGGCGCCUUUGUGAGUGAAUAUGUAGGAGAGGUGAUCGAUGAAGAAGAAGUUCGAGCCAGGAUCAAACACGCGCAGGAGAAUGAUAUCUGUAACUUUUACAUGCUUACACUGGACAAGGACCGCAUCAUUGAUGCCGGCCCCAAGGGGAACCAGGCUCGCUUCAUGAACCACAGUUGCCAGCCAAACUGUGAAACCCAAAAAUGGACUGUGAACGGGGACACCAGGGUGGGACUGUUUGCUCUACAAGACAUCCCACAAGGUGUGGAACUGACUUUCAACUACAACCUGGAGUGUCUUGGCAAUGGGAAAACUGCCUGUAAAUGUGGAGCACCCAACUGCAGUGGUUUCCUUGGUGUCCGGCCAAAGAACCAGCCGCCGUCAGAGAAACUGAAGGAAGGGAAAAGAAGGGGCUACAUGAGAAGGAAGCAAGAAGUGAAAAAGGAAAGAGAAGACGAAUGCUUCAGCUGUGGUGACGGGGGGCAGAUAGUUUCCUGUAAGAGACCCGGCUGUCCGAAGGUCUAUCACGCUGAUUGUCUCAACUUGGCGAAGAGGCCGGCAGGGCGGUGGGAGUGUCCGUGGCACCAGUGUGACAUCUGCGGAAAAGAGGCAGCUUCAUUCUGUGAGAUGUGUCCCAGCUCUUACUGUAAGGAGCAUCGUGAAGGCAUGCUCUUCAUUUCCAAGCUGGACGGCAAAUUGUCCUGCAGUGACCAUGAUCCCUGUGGGCCCGACCCACUGGAGCCAGGGGAGAUUCGUGAAUACGUGCCCAACAAGACCUCUGUGAGGCCCGGGGCCCUGACUGUGCCCGCCACUCCCUCGCUGGCCUCAGACUCCAGAAGAGCAGGCGGUUCUUCUGCUGCUGUCAUCUCUUCCCCUGCCAGCCCCGCUGCACAGGGCAGGCAUGAGCCUCCUCCUCGUCUCUACAUCAACACAAAGACUGCUACCUCAAGCUUCAUCCCCUCCAAGUUAAGGUCUUACCUCACAGACAGAACUGAAGGCAAAUCAUUUUCCACUGCGGCCUCCUCCAAGGAUGAGAGGGAGGAUGGUGAGCUGGAAGAUGGUGAGGUGUGUGGGGAAGAGGUGGAAGAUGACGACGGCGACGACGACGAAGAAGCGGAAGAGGAAGAGGAUGAAAUGGAGGAGAUGCAGAUAGUGGAAGAAGAUGAAGAAGAAGAAGAAGAGGAGGAGGAGGAGGAGGAGGAAGAGGAGCCGCUUUAUGGAAGUGACCAGCUGGAAGAAGAUGGGGAGGAUGGGGAAGAGGAGGAGGAUAAUGAUGAUGAGGAUGAAGGAGGGAGUGUGUAUGACACUUGGGGGGAUUAUGGGGAUGAAGAUGCUGAGGAUGGUGAAGUGGACGGAGAGGACUGGGGCAGAGUGGAAGAUGAUGUCAAAUGACUCGGUCUGUCCAUCCCUUAACUCCUCAACACAAACUCUCAGUAGUCAUCCAGAGGACAAAAUAGUUGGUACCUACUUGAACGCAAUACUGUCUUCACUCUGGUACUACAUGGCCUUUUCAUCCAUGGCUGGACUGACAGUGGGGAUGUGUUCUGGUGCUAAGGCUCUUUAUACUUAUUUUGAUGUGUCCAUUUGUGUCUGGUGCUGUUAUGAUCUUUUGUUCUUUCUCUCAAUAUUGUUUACAUUUUUUGGCCUUUUUUUAAAAUGUUUGUAAUGUAAGAAAAAGAUCUGACCAAACUGUCUCCAUAAGGGCCUAUUAUGUUGUUGUUGCUGUCUUAACCUUGUCUUUUUAAUACAAGUGAUAAGAAAUAGAGUUCUCACUGGUUCAUGUUACAGUAAGACACAACAGUAUGUGUUUGCUGUGUCUGAGAAAAAACAAAAAUAAACCCACUGGAGUCAUCAA